CAGGGCUGUCCAUGUGAGAAGUGAAUCUGAGAAGAGAAGGACAGACACUUAAAGAGAGAGAAGAGUUUCCCACAGAGUAUGGCCUCUGCUAAAGAAGAUGGUGUUGAUGAAAGAACAGUGGACAUUAAAGAAGAGGACUAUGAGCGGCUCACACCAGAGGGUGUGCGUGUGAAGCUGGAGGAUCACGAUAAAAGAAAUUCAGUUUUUAAAGAGGAGGAGGAGUGCAAGGAGGUGACUGCUGCCAUUAAAGCUGAGGAUUUGAAUGAUUUAUCUGUUGGUCUUGAACUUCAAAAGUAUGAAACUGAGGACAUUUUCAAGCAAGAUGCCUGUGAAGAAUCUCCAUACAGUUUACAGCACUGGUCCACUAAUACGGGACGACUGGCAACACAGGAGAAUUCUGCAGAGCUGAAAUCAGAGUUAUCAGAAUCUGAAGAGAAAAUCACCGAGGGAAAUGGAAGAGAAGGAGAAGAGUCACCUGGGAGUGCUGGAAUAAAUGUACAGAAGAAUGGCAGCUUCUCUCCACCUUCAUUUGGUCAGUCCUCUCUUCAGUACAAUGAGAACAGUAUGAAGAAAUCGGCAAAAGGAUCAGAGAACCAGACAGCAGCCUUUUUGCAGGGCGAUUCUCUCCCUUCUACUGGAGCAACACAGACAGAAGCCAUCAAAACUGAUAGACAACAAGUGGAGAAUGAAAUCCAAAUUCCUACUGGAGAAAAAUGUUGUUUGGAAUGCGGCAAACAAUUCACAUACAAAAGUGAUCUUAAUAGACAUAUGAAUAUUCACACAGGAGAAAAACCUCAUUGCUGUUCAGAAUGUGGUAAGUCAUUCUCAUGUAUAAGCUAUCUUCAGAAACACAGAAUAAUCCACACAGGACAAAAACCUCAUUGCUGUUCAGAAUGUGGUAAGUCGUUCUUAAGGAGAAGCAAUCUUCAGAGGCACAGAAGAAUCCACACAGGAGAAAAACCUUAUUGUUGUCCAGAAUGUGGUAAAUUGUUCUCCUGGAGUAGUGAAUUUGAGUUGCACAGAAGAAUCCACACAAGAGAAAAACCUUAUUGUUGUCCAGAAUGUGGUAAAUUGUUCUCCUGGAGUAGUGAAUUUGAGUUGCACAAAACAAUUCACACAGGAGAAAAACUCCAUUGCUGUUCAGAAUGUGGUAAGUCAUUCUUAAGGAGAAGCAGUCUUCAGAGGCACAGAAGCAUACACACUGGAGAAAAACCUCUUUGUUUUCCAGAAUCUGGUAAAUCGUUCUCAUGGAGAAGUGAACUUCAGUGUCACAAAAUAAUUCACACAGGAGAAAAACCUCAUUGUUGUUCAGAAUGUGGUAAGUCGUUCUUAAGUAGAAGCAAUCUUCAGAGGCACAGAAGAAUCCACAUAGGAGAAAAACCUCAUUGCUGUUCAGAAUGUGGUAAGUCGUUCUUAAGGAGAAGCCAUCUUCAGAGGCACAGAGGAAUCCACACAGGACAAAAACCUCAUUGCUGUUCAGAAUGUGGUAAGUCGUUCUUAAGUAGAAGCAAUCUUCAGAGGCACAGAAGAAUCCACAUAGGAGAAAAACCUCAUAAUUAUCCAGAAUGUGGUAAGUUGUUCUCCUGGAGUAGUGAAUUUGAGUUGCACAAAACAAUUCACACAGGAGAAAACCCUCAUUGCUGUCGAGAAUGUGGUAAAUCGUUUUCAAGGAGAAGCAGUCUUCAGAGUCACAAAAGAAUCCACACAGGGGAAAAACCUCAUUGCUGUCCAGAAUGUGGUAAAUCGUUCUCAAGUAGAAGCAGUCUUCACUGUCACAAAAAAAUUCACACAGGAGAAAAACCUCAUUGCUGUCCAGAAUGUGGUAAGUCGUUCUUAAGGCGAAGCUAUCUUCAAAGUCACAGAAGAAUCCACACAGGAGAAAAACCUCAUUGUUGUCCCGAAUGUGGUAAAUUGUUCUCAAUGAGAAGCACACUUCAAAGUCACAGAAUAAUCCACACAGGAGAAAAACCUCAUUGCUGUUCAGAAUGUGGUAAAUCGUUCUCGCGUAUGAACAAUCUUCAGAGGCACAGAAGAAUCCACACAGGAUAAAAACCUCAUUAUUGUCCAGAAUGUGCCACACAAUUUUCUGACAAAUGCAGUUUUCAGUGGCACAUUGAAAUUUAUGCUGGAGAGAAGCCAUAUUGCUGUUCUCAAUGUGGAAAAAAGCUUUAAACAUUAGCUCUUUUCAAGUAAACACACAAACUCCCAGUAAAGUGAAAAUGCAGUAUGUAUGUUCUGAAUGUUGCAAAUGUUAUACAAGCUAGAAAGGUCUUUAUCCACAUGCCAAAACCCAUACUGAAGAAAAAUCUCAUUGCUGUUCUGAAAGUGAGAAACGAUUCUUAUAUUUAAGCGUAAUUCAGUGCCACAUCCGAACUCUUACUAGAGAUAACCCUUAUUGUUGUUCUGAAUAUUAUAAGCAGUUCUCACAACAAAGCACCAUCACAACUCACAUCAGAUGUCACACUGGAGAGAAACCUCACCUUUGCUUGGAAAGUGGAAACAAUUCCAACACAUUAAUUCUCUGUGUAAGUAUACAAAAGUCAUACUGGAGAGAAGCUUUACAAUUGUACUGAAUGUGGAAUGUUAUUCUCGUAUAACGAUUCCUCCACAAUCAUAAAAUAAUUCAUUCUGGUUAGAAACAAAGCUCUUCUGACUGUGGCAAUCUUUUCUCAGUCCGCACAACUCCUAAAGAUCACAUGAGAAUUCACUCUGGAGAGAAACCUAAUAGCUGUCCAUAGUGUGGCUCAUGAUUCUCAAGUCCAAACGCACUUAGUUGCCACAGAAGGAUCCACACUGGAGAGAAACAGUACACCUGUUCUGAAUGUGGUAAAGGGAAUUCUUACAGAAAAGGGUUUUGGAGACACACGCAAAGUCAUAUUGGAGUAAAGCCUGUCACAGAAAUGACAUGAUAUUUCCAUUGGAUCCUCAUUCAAUAAAAAUGAAGAAAAAUCUUCUGAAUGUGGUAAAGGACUCCAGUUGAAAGUAGUUAAUAAAUACAUUAGAAUAGUGGACAAAGCACUGAAAGUGACAAACAGAUCCUAGAUGUAAGUUAUCCUCAGAGCCACAUAUGAACUCACACUGGAAUACAACAGAUAUUUAACAAACAGCAAGAAUUUUCUUCAACAACUUCUAGGUGCCAGAUAAAAACCUCAUUGCUGUCCUAAAUGUGGUUAACACUUUUCAUACAGCAAUGGCCUUCAUAGUCAUAAAUGACUGGCCUAUUGUGGUAAGCCUUUUAACUGUUCUGAAUGUUGAAAGUGGUCCUCCUGUAUCAGCUAUCAUCAACAUCAUGUAAGAUUUCAGGAAGGACUCAGAAACGGUACUGCCAGGACGUCAGCCAUACAGGGACUGAUCAUCUGUGCACCAAUGCUGUGACAUAAGAUGGUGAACAAUACAAACACCAGACAACAGAAUGAGGUAGCAACAGAACUGUGCGGUGAUGAUAACUUCAACCCCACAGCACAACUGAAAAAGUUCAAUGUAAUAAUAAAAAAUGGAGAAAUCAAAUCCACAUUGCAGUGCCACUGAAAACAAUGGGAAUAUUUGUGUUUUGGAAGUUUGGAGAUGAGUCCUUAUCUGAGUAGCAAUGAACUUGUACCGUUUGUGAAAGAAAAUAAAAAACAUUAGCUGUAAUGAUUAUAAGUAGUUACUUCACAAUACCAAGGACUAUAUUUUGUUUUAAUCGAGCUGUAGAGAGCUAUAUGAUUCGUUAUUUCUAUAUCAUCUGUUCUUCAUUUAGGUAAUUAAAUAAUUAGGCUUGUGCACAGAA